AUGUUGCCUAUCCCCCUCGAAGGGCAAGUUGGUAUUGUCACUGGCGCUGGCUCGGCACUUGGUAUUGGUCGCUCACUUGUUCUGAGUGCCGUCAAAGCAGGCGCGGUGGCGGUCUAUGCGUGUGACCUUCACGUAAACUUCCGUGAUGCCCUCAUCAGCGGUGCGAACAAGAUCAAUCCAAAAUGUAAAGUCGAGACUCGCCUGCUCGAUGUAUCCAGCGAGCAGGCGACACUGGAAGUUCUGAGAGACAUCUUGAAAACCCAUGGGCGCCUCGACUUUUUCUUUGCAAAUGCAGGAUACGCAAAAUACCGAAGCUUGGACGAUUUGACCACAGCGCAAUUUGAGAGGGCGUUCGCAGUCAUGCAAAUGGGCGUCUUCCUUGCCAUUAAGUACGGGGCCCAAGCCAUGAGCUUCACCUCGUCAACGAAGCCGAAACCCAAGGGCGCUAUCGUCGUGACAUCUUCGAUAGGAGCAAUCUCGGGCGCUGUCACCGACCUGGCAUACUCUUCGGUCAAAGCCGCUUGUCACGGCAUGAUCGCCAACGCCUCGGUGCAACUGUCCACUAGCAACAUCCGCAUCAACUGCAUUGCCCCUGGAUUCACUCAAACCAGCAUCCAUAGCAACGCUGCCAGGGCCGAAGAUGGUGUCGAGGGGUUUGCCGGGCUUCAAAACGAAGACAACUCCACCCAGGUUAAACAGGACCAAGAUGCCUUCUUCAAAUCGAGUGGUAUGACGGGUGAAAACGCCGUUUAUUACUACAACCGAAUAGCACUGCCAGAGGAAAUAGCGCACCUGGGCUUGUUCCUUGCUUCAGAUCUUGCAGCCGCGGUGAAUGGCACUGUCAUCGUUGCCGACAGUGGGAGACUAGCCGCAGGACAAGGUGCUGGCCUUUUCGGACCAACGACACCUGUGAAAGCUUUGGACCUUUGA